GUAGUCUUCUACCCUUAUUCAGUGCGACGUUUUAUUAAUGUUGUAAGAUGGCGACGGUGCAUCUGAGAAUCGGAGACCUAGUGUGGGGGAAGCUUGGUCGUUACCCACCAUGGCCAGGAAAGAUAGUAAGCCCUCCCAAGGAUCUGAAAAAGCCAAGGGGAAAAAAAUGCCAUUUUGUGAAAUUCUUUGGAACUGAAGACCAUGCCUGGAUCAAAGUUGAACAGCUGAAGCCUUACCAUGCCCACAAAGAGGAAAUGAUCAAGAUCAAUAAAGGAAAGCGUUUCCAGCAGGCAGUUGAUGCAGUUGAAGACUUUUUAAAAAAAGCAAAGGGGAAAGAACAGAACUCGGAUGGCAAAGGAGACUCAAAAGGAAAGAAAACACCAAACAAGCCACUGAAAAUACUUGAAGAAGAGGAUGAGGAUCUCAGCGCCCUGAAAGACCCAUCUGAGAAGGACUUAACUGACUCUGAUCCAGAGCCGUCUACUAUUGAGAGGCUUGGGGCUGGACCUUGCUCAGGAUUCAAAUGGGAAAGCAGUCCUGUGAAGGAUGACCCACAUUUCCAUCACUUCCUGCUUAGCCAGUCUGAGAAGCCAGCAUCAUCAAUGGAACCUAUUAGCAAGCGCCUGAAGAUCAUUGAAGAGGACACAGGGUCAACAUCUAUCCAAGCAGCAGACAGCACAGCAAUCAAUGGCAACAUCACACCAACAGACAAAAGGAUAGGGUUCCUGGGUCUGGGGCUGAUGGGUAGUGGUAUUGUUUCCAACCUUUUGAAAAUGGGUCAUGUCGUCACAGUGUGGAACCGCACAGCAGAAAAGUGUGACUUGUUCAUCCAAGAAGGUGCCAGGUUAGGUCGGACUCCUGCAGAAGUUGCUUCCAUGUGUGACAUCACUUUCUCUUGUGUCUCAGACCCAAAGGCUGCAAGGGAUUUGGUGAUGGGACCCAGUGGAGUGCUGCAGGGAAUCAGGCCUGGCAAAUGCUACAUAGAAAUGUCCACCGUAGACCCAGAGACCAUUACAGAACUUUCACAGGUGAUCACAUCACGAGGUGGUCGUUUCCUGGAGGCUCCAGUCGCAGGAAGCCAGCAACUCUCGAAUGAUGGGAUGCUGGUCAUCUUGGCAGCUGGUGACAGAACAGUCUAUGAGGACUGCAGCAGCUGCUUUCAGGCGAUGGGCAAGACCUCCUUUUUUCUGGGUGAAGCAGGAAAUGCAGCAAGAAUGAUGCUGAUCCUAAACAUGGUUCAGGGCAGCUUUAUGGCCACUAUUGCUGAGGGUCUAACUCUAGCCCAGGCCACUGGUCAAUCACAGCAGACAUUUCUUGACAUCUUAUGCCAGGGCCAGAUGGCAAGUACCUUUGUGGACCAGAAAUGCCAAAAUAUUUUGCAGGGCAACUUUAAGCCAGACUACUAUUUGAAACAUAUUCAGAAGGACCUGAGGCUGGCUAUUUCAAUGGGUGACACGGCCAACCAUCCGACUCCAAUGGCUGCAGCUGCCAAUGAGGUUUACAAGAGGGCUAAGGCACUGGACCAGUCAGACAAUGAUAUUUCUGCAGUCUAUCGAGCAUAUAUCCACUAGAGCGAGCUGUGAUCUCUCCUCUGGACCACACAGUCUUUGAUCCCUUAUUUUUUCUUCCAUGUCAUGUAUCAGGUGUUUUUAUUUUAAAUUGUACAGGUUUUAUUCCCCUUUUUUCCUAGGUGCCAGCCAUGUUUGCUGUCCACAAUUCAUGAGAUGGUAAACCUUAAGCAAAGCACUGACUGUACUGAAGGUAAAUAGGCUGUGAGAGUGCUGUAACAAGAUUGAACUUGUGCAUCACUGCAAUUUGCUGCAGGACAAGUUUAUGUUGUUUCUGAUAACUAAAAAGUAAUAGGAUUUGUUCAGUGUGUUUGGUAAGGAUAUUUGGUCUUGUGCCACUGUGAAGAGUAGAGGGAAUGACUCUUUGCUGUCAAAUUUAAUGGCAGCAAAAACUUUUUGUUUGUGUAAAAUAUUGACAGGUUUAUUUAAUUGAGUUUGAUCUUUUCUUUUAAUGUCCAGAAUUCUACAAAAAAAAAACACCUGGAACCUGCCACUGCAUUGCCUUAAUAAUGAACGCCCCUUGAGUCUUUCAGUAACAAAUGUAUUUAUUUGUGUUCCUAGGUCUAUUUGGCAACAUUUGGCAUAGCUUCUUUCUAUAUUCUGUUGUAUUCUAUCUGUAUUAUGUUGAUUUAUGGUUUUAUGUUGAUGUUAAUGAUCUUUCUCAAACAGGUUAAGAAAAUAACAGUUGUAUUGAGGCCUUAAAAUGCAGUAAUUAUAAGUUUUUGUCAACAGUACUUGAGAUUAUUACAUUUAAUACCCUUCAACUUGUGCUUGGAAGAGUUCUCAUUUCCAAAUUAUAAUUUUUAAAUGUUUUUCUGAAAUGAGAUGACUCCCAUUUUUUUAAUGUUUUAUUUUAACUGGAGGAAACAAGCGCAAUUGUCAAUUGUUUUAUAUUCUGAUAGUCAUACAUACAAGUUGUGUCUGGGUUUUGGAGGGGAAUUUUAGACCACCAACUGCAGGAUUGAAACAAGACUGAAAAGUUUUAGAUAGUUAAUAUAGCAGGAGAGGGUCUAUUACAUGACUGAAACUGUAAGCUGUUAAAAGAAUACAUGUAGUUUGAAUUAUCAAUUAACUCAAAUGCAAUAUCUGUCAAGCCUUUAUAUGUUCACAACUCACUUAAGGGAAAGCAUUUUGUUGCAUUUAUUUAUUUACCUAGCCAUUGAUUGGAACUAAAUGGUAACAUGGAUUCUUUAUAUUAUUUAUUCUUUAGUUGGCCCAAAAUAGAUAUUAGUUGACAUUCGGAGAGGGGCAGUAGCUGGUCACAUGACAGGAAGGUGUAAAGAUAACCUUAUUGCAAUCUGGAACCUGAGAGAUAAUAUUCCAGGAAAAGUUAUCGACUACCAGUUAUGACAUUUUUUCAUGUAUCUUUGGUGAUAUACUAGAAAUAUCAUUUAAAUCUUGGAAUUUAUAGCUGAUGAUGAUAUGAUGACAAUGAUACUGUGAAAAAAUGUCCCCACAUCAUUGUCUACCAUAGGGCUCUAACAAGUUUAUUUUCAGAUUUAAAAUGUCCUGCUUACAUAUCUUGCAGAACAUUUUUAAAUUGCCAAUACUUGGGAAUACGAUCAAAAUCAUACAUUUUGUUUGGGAAGGGGAUUUUUUAUCCCUCAGAUGUUGAUGUUUGUAUAUGCCUAAUAAGUCAGCACCAGCCAGGCUCUUCUUGGAUCAAUGUAAUUUUAAGUCUAACCAGGUCAAAAGGGAUGGAUGCAUUUGCAGGUCUUCUCAGAAAAUACCCAAGUGGAUUCAGUUGGACACUUAAAAUAUGUGGUAUACCGUCAAUGCAAAAUAAACUGUUGACCAUAAAAAGCUCUAUUACUGCAAUGUUGUAGUGUGUCGGCUCAACUGCCACAAUCUAAUAUCUGAGCUCUAUACAAUGUAAAACACCUUAAAAGAAAUGAAAAUGUAUGAUUGGUAUAUUUUGUUAACUUGUGGGGCAGUUUUUGAUAUGGGCCCAUUAAGAACUCUACUACCUAGUUGAAAUGAUUUUGCAGAUGCAAAAGACAAUGCCAAAAAAACAUGGCAAUAAAUACUCAACUUAAGGUAUUAUGUACCAUAGAGUAUGAAACAGCAAGUUCUUACAUUGGAGUCCUGAAAGAAGCACAAAUUGACCAAGACAGCUUUAAUCUGUUGUUGCUUGUUAAGAAUGCUUUUUAUUUCACCACUGAAACUGCCCAUCAAACAUAGAAUACAAUUAAAGUCUGUGGUGUUUGGCUAAUCAAACUUGCAAAAUAAGUUUUGUUUCAGGUCCUGCAUCCAUGUUUUAAGAUGUGUAAUAUUUUUUUUAAAUUAGAUUUCACCAACUUUAUCGGGCAGGAAUGUGGGUUUGAUAGUUCAGCACCAAUCCAUCCCAGCUGAUGACAGGAAAUAACUGUACAAUUGGAUAAUUAAGAUGCACUUGAAGGAGAAAAUGUUGAUUAAAUGCCUCCAAAGAUCAAGAAAGUGCCCCCUCUUUCACCACCUUUGAUAGACUUAAACAUGAGCAAGUUGUAGCAACAAGGCCUGCUGUUCUUUUACUAGGUCUUAUGCAAUGUGAAAUUAAAUUGUAAAAUCUUUAGGACUUGUAAAAUUGUAAUCAACUACUUAAACAAAAAAAUCUGAUGUUUUAAGUUCACGUUUUUUUAAACAGUACUUCAAAUAAAUUUGCUUCUCAUACAACAGAAUCAUUUGAUGCAUGUUGAGAAUCCAUUGUCCCAUGUCAUGUUUGCCAAACAGGUUUUUUUUGUAUUUGAUUUAGGUUCCCCUUACACAUUAGUGUAAAGAACUGUUUAUAGAUGACAGAUGUAAAUAGUACUUUAGUUUAAGUAGGGUUUUUUUAUAUCUACAAGAACUUGGAUUUAUGAAAGCAGGAAACCUUUGACAAACUAACAUCUGAUGUCUUAAUUCUGUAGGUGCCCUUGAAGUGUUAAUGGUUUAAUAUUUGGCUCAUAACCUGGUUUAUAUCAUUGAAAUGACAAGGAGUUGGAUUCUGUCAAUGGAAGGAGAGUGAAACUUGUUUGAAAGAUAUUUAUGAUUUUGUGUACAUGUUGGAAUAUCAAGACUUUUGUGCUGUUAAAUAAAUUCUUUCCUGAUUCCUGACAAA